CGCAGCCAAAUUGAAAAUGAGAAGAAAACAAUAAGAGAAAAGCAACUGCAGCAGGCUUUCCCUCUCAAAACACUGAUGAAAUCAUUCCUUGGCUUUCUCCAGGCCCAGCCAGCAGAUACCAAGAAAUACUUCCUGCAGUGGAUGAAGAUCUUUAUCGACGAGCUGUCCUGUGGUAGCCUUGAAGAACUGAGGAGAGACUAUCACGAGUUAUGGUCUGAAAUCCUCUCAAGAAAAAAAAGGGAGAAAAAACCCAGUUGCAAUGAUGCAUUGGUGAAUCGCUUGGAUGCCCUCUCUGACGAAAUCAAUGAUUCUACCAUUGGCCUGGAGCACCUUCUGAGAGAGGUAGGGCAGAUUUAUGAAGCUCUGGAAUUAAUAAGCUGUAAGAAAGACAAUUUUGUCAAACUGCCGGAAAUUGCAGCAGAGCUGAUGGAUUUAGGAUAUUCUGUGGAGCUGAUGGAUGGGGACGCUUCUUACCUGCCCUUGCGCUGGGUGGGAGCAAUCUUUGACAGCUUAAUUGAGAGGCUGGGGGACAAACGAGUGUUUGUGCUCUCCGUGCUCGGCAUCCAGAGCACAGGCAAGUCCACCCUGCUGAAUGCCAUGUUUGGUCUGCAGUUCAACGUCAGCGCAGGGAGAUGCACACGCGGAGCCUUCAUGCAGCUCAUCCCAGUGGGCAAGGAGCUGCAGCAAGACUUGGGCUUUGAUUUUGUGCUGGUGGUUGACACAGAGGGGCUUCGUGCCAUCGAGAUGGCCAACAAACAGUCCCUGAACCAUGACAACGAGCUGGCCACCUUUGUCAUUGGUGUUGGCAACGUGACUGUGAUCAAUAUCUUUGGAGAAAAUCCCUCCGAAAUGCAAGAUGUUCUCCAGAUCGCUGUGCAGGCUUUCCUGAGGAUGAAGAAAGUCAAUCUUUCCCCAAGCUGCCUCUUUGUCCACCAAAACGUGGGAGAAGCAACUGCCAAGGAGCAGAACAUGGAAGGACAAAGGCGUUUGCAGGAAAAGCUGGAUGAAAUGACCGUGGUAGCUGCUCAGCAGGAAUUCUGUGACGUCUCCUCCUUCAGCGAUGUCAUUGCCUUUGAUGUGAACACCCACAUUCACUACUUUGCUCACCUGUGGGAAGGAAACCCCCCAAUGGCACCACCCAACCCCACCUACAGCCAGAACGUCCAGCAACUCAAGAGCAAAAUCCUCCAGGCUGCCAAGAAUCAGUCGCAGCACAGCAUUUUGAGGCUCUCGAGCCUGAAAGAUCGUAUUGGUGACCUCUGGAAUGCUUUGGUGAAUGAAAACUUUGUUUUCAGCUUCAAGAAUUCCCUGGAGAUUGCUGUGUACAGGAAACUGGAAAGUGCCUUUAGUCAUUGGACCUGGAGACUGAGGAAUCACAUCUUAGAUGUACAGAUGAGACUGGACAACAAAAUUCGGAAUGGGGACUUGCAGAAAGUCAGCAGAGAACACCUUGAAGGGCUGGUGCGAGAGACAAGUGAUGCCAUUGAGAAAGAAGUGGAAAAGUAUUUCAGGGAAGACAAAGACUGUGAGACACUGAUCCAGUGGAAAUCAAGCACAGAGCUGAAGCUGAAAGAACUAAAAGAGACGCUUCUUCAUGAAACAAAAAAGAAAUGUGAGAAUCUUAUUGGGCUACAGAAGGAGCAGAGGAAACUGGAUGCAAGGAAGUUGCAAUAUGAAGAUGAGCUCCUGAGAAAGAGUCGGGAUCUGGCUGUGCAUCUGAAAGGGAAGAGCCUCAGUGAGGGAGAACUGACGGACAGCUUUACUCUUGUCUGGAACAAGUGGAUUGCUGAAGUCUUGCGUGAGGUUCGCUCUCCAGAACGGGUGGAUAUUGAUGCAGAAAUCGAGGAUGUCCUUGUGGAGCACUUUAAGGAGCCAGGUAUCCAUGCACGGAUCACGUCAUUUCCCAGAGGCAGAGGGUUUUCUUUUGAUCCAGAGAAACACAUCAUGAAGAAAAAGAGUGGACUUUUCCAAGGUGUCAUGCGCUUAUUCAGUACUGAUGAUAUCAACUUUCAGCACAUCACGGACAACAUCAUAGAGUGUGUGAUGGCAAACAUUGCUAAGAAGGAACAGGAGAAACAGGAUUACAGUAGUAAUUUUAUUCAUGAAAUACUCAAUGAAGUACAGAAAGGUGUUAACUCUGUCCCCAGCAAUGCAAAAUGUACUUUUAACAGAGAGUACAGCAUCGAUUUGUCUCUGUAUCUGUGCACAAUGGCAGCAGAAAGGUUUAAAGCCAUGCACGAAGCAUUCCAGAAGGCAAAUGACCCAGUCGUGUACCUGAGCAGCAAGAGAGAAUAUUUCUUCCAAUGUUUCCAGAUUUCCUGCCAAGGAGCCACUUCUGUCACAACUUUUGUUGUUUUCCUUUGUGACAAGAUUGAACCAGCUCUUCGCCAGGCGGUCUAUGAGAGGACGGCUAAGGACAUCGCUGAGGACAUGCAGGGCAAACUCCCAGAUUUCCAGGGCAACAGAGCCAAUCUGGAAGUUUGCAUCCUGAAAUACCUGGCAGAACAGGAAAAUUUUGAGUAUUUCAAGCAGUACCUUACGUCUCCAAAACAGUUUUGUGAGAGUUAUAUUGAGACACGGGUUAGGAACUACUGUUUAAAUGGGACUAGGCGGCUGGGGAUGUUUUUAGAUUCCUCUCUUAAUCUUCUCUAUCGAAACAUCCUGUCAGCUGUUUCUUCAUCAACCCAAAUUGUCAAAGACAGAAAAGACAGGGAAGACAAAGUCUCUCUCUGGCUGGAUGAAUUUUGCAGGGAACUGUCAGAGGUGAUCAACUUGCCCAGAAGUGACCUGAAGGGCAUCGAGCACCAGGAGGUCACAGACAUUGAGUUUCUGAGCAGUGCCAUGGCAGAAGCUCUGGCUGCCCUGCGGGAAAGGCUCAUGAAAGAAUUGGCUGAUGCUGACCUGAGCUUGUUUCCAAGGCAGCCUCACACCAUCCUGGCGACGCAUUUUUCAGGGUGCUGGGAGCAGUGUCCCUUUUCCCAGCCAGCAGAUACCAAGAAAUACUUCCUGCAGUGGAUGAAGAUCUUUAUCGACGAGCUGUCCUGUGGUAGCCUUGAAGAACUGAGGAGAGACUAUCACGAGUUAUGGUCUGAAAUCCUCUCAAGAAAAAAAAGGGAGAAAAAACCCAGUUGCAAUGAUGCAUUGGUGAAUCGCUUGGAUGCCCUCUCUGACGAAAUCAAUGAUUCUACCAUUGGCCUGGAGCACCUUCUGAGAGAGGUAGGGCAGAUUUAUGAAGCUCUGCAAUUCAGGAAGACAAAGAAUGAGAGUUUUGUCAAAUUGCCGGAAAUUGCAGCAGAGCUGAUGGAUUUAGGAUAUCCUGUGGAGCUGAUGGAUGGGGACGCUUCUUACCUGCCCUUGCGCUGGGUGGGAGCAAUCUUUGACAGCUUAAUUGAGAGGCUGGGGGACAAACGAGUGUUUGUGCUCUCCGUGCUCGGCAUCCAGAGCACAGGCAAGUCCACCCUGCUGAAUGCCAUGUUUGGUCUGCAGUUCAACGUCAGCGCAGGGAGAUGCACCCGCGGAGCCUUCAUGCAGCUCAUCCCAGUGGGCAAGGAGCUGCAGCAAGACUUGGGCUUUGAUUUUGUGCUGGUGGUUGACACAGAGGGGCUUCGUGCCAUCGAGAUGGCCAACAAACAGUCCCUGAACCAUGACAACGAGCUGGCCACCUUUGUCAUUGGUGUUGGCAACGUGACUGUGAUCAAUAUCUUUGGAGAAAAUCCCUCCGAAAUGCAAGAUGUUCUCCAGAUCGCUGUGCAGGCUUUCCUGAGGAUGAAAAAAGUCAAUCUUUCCCCAAGCUGUGUUUUUGUCCACCAAAACGUGGGUGAAGCAACUGCCAAGGAGCAGAACAUGGAAGGACAAAGGCGUUUUCAGGAAAAGCUGGAUGAAAUGACCGUGGUAGCUGCUCAGCAGGAAUUCUGUGAUGUCUCCUCCUUCAGCGAUGUCAUUGGCUUUGAUGUGAACACCCACAUUCACUACUUUGCUCACCUGUGGGAAGGAAACCCCCCAAUGGCACCACCCAACCCCACCUACAGCCAGAACGUCCAGCAACUCAAGAGCAAAAUCUUCCAGGCUGCCAAGAAGCAGUCGCAGCGCAGCAUUUUGAGGCUCUCGAGCCUGAAAGAUCGUAUUGGUGACCUCUGGAAUGCUUUGCUGAAUGAAAACUUUGUUUUCAGCUUCAAGAAUUCCCUGGAGAUUGCUGUGUACAGGAAACUGGAAAGUGCCUUUAGUCAGUGGACAUGGAGGCUGAGGAGUCACAUCUUAGAUGUACAGAUGAGACUGGACAACAAAAUUCGGAAUGGGGACAGGCAGAAUGUCACCAGAGAACACCUUGAAGGGCUGGUGCGAGAGACAAGUGAUGCCAUUGAGAAAGAAGUGGAAAAGUAUUUCAGGGAAGACAAAGACCAUGAGAUACUGAUCCAGUGGAAAUCAAGCACAGAGCUGAAGCUGAAAGAACUAAAAGAGACGCUUCUUCAUGAAACAAAAAAGAAAUGUGAGAAUCUUAUUGAGCUACAGAAGGAGCAGAGGAAACUGGAUGCAAGGAAGUUGCAAUAUGAAGAUGAGCUCCUGAGAAAGAGUCGGGAGCUGGCUGUGAGUCUGAAAGGGAAGAGCCUCAGUGAGGGAGAACUGAAGGACAACUUUACUGUUCUCUGGAAUCAGUGGAUUGCUGAAGUCUCCAGUGCUGCUCGUCCUCCAGAACGGGUGGAUAUUGAUGCAGAAAUCGAAGAUGUCCUUGUGGAGCACUUUAAGGAGCCGGGUAUCCAUGCACGGAUCACAUCAUUUCCCAAAGACAGAGGGUUUUAUUUGGAUCCAGAGAAACACAUCGUGAAGAAAAGUUGUUUUAUCAUUUUCCCAGGUUUCUGGAGCCUUUCGAAUGCUGAUGUGAUCAACUUUCAGCACAUCACAAACAACAUCAUAGAGUGUGUUAUGGCAAACAUUGAUAAAAAGGAAGAGGAGAAACGGGAUUACAGUAGUAAUUUUAUUCAUGAAAUACUCAAUGAAGUACAGAAAGGUGUCAACUCUGUCCCCAGCAAUGCGAGAUGUUCUUUUAACAGAGAAUACAGCAUCGAUUUGUCUCUGUACCUGUGCAAAAUAGCAGCAGGAAGGUUUAAAGCCAUGCAUGAAGCAUUCCAGAAGGCAAAUGACCCAGUCGUGUACCUGAGCAGCAAGAGAGAAGAUUUCUUCCUAUGUUUCCAGAUUUCCUGCCAAGGAGCCACUUCUGGCACAACUUUUGCUACUUUCCUUUGUGACAAGAUUGAACCAGCUCUUCUUCAGGCAGUCUUUAAGAGGACGGCUAAGGACAUCGCUGAGGACAUGCAGGGCCAAUUCCGAGAUUUCCAGGGCAGCAGAGCCAAUCUGGAAAUUUGCAUCCUGAGAUACCUGGCAGAACAGGAAAAUUUUGAGUAUUUCAAGCAGUACCUUAGGUCUCCAAAACAGUUUUGUCAGAGUUAUAUUGAGACACGAGUUAGGAAUUACUGUUUAGAUGGGUGUAGGAGGCUGAGGAUGUUUUUAGAUUGCUCCCUUAAUAAUAUCUAUCGAAACAUCCUGUCAGCUGCUUCUUUAUCGACCCAAAUUGUCAAAGACAGAAAAGACAGGGAAGACAAAGUCUCUCUCUGGCUGGAUGAAUUUUGCAGGCAACUGACAGAGGUGAUCAACUUGCCCAGAAGUGACCUGAAGGGCAUCGAGCACCAGGAGGUCACAGACAUUGAGUUUCUGAGCAGUGCCAUUUCAAAAGCUCUGGCUGCCCUGCAGGAAAGGCUCAUGAAAGAAUUGGCUGAUGCUGACCUGAGCUGGUUUUCAAGGCAGCCUCACACCAUCCUGGCAGAGCAUUUUUCAGGGUGCUGGGCACAGUGUCCCUUUUGUGGGGCUGUCUGCACAAACACCAUGUGGAAUCACGAUGGAGACCAUCAGCUGGUCUUCCAUCGCCCACAAGCUUUGACGGGAUGGAGGUGGCAUGGGACCGACCACCUGGUCAUUGAUAUUUGUUCCAGCCGUGUUGCAAGUGACUGCAAAUUCAAAGUUGGUGACAAUGAUCUCCUGCCCUUGGCCUCGCUGCUGAGCAAAAGCCUUUGGAAUGCCCCAUGUGGAGAAUGCUGGAUUUUCCACACAAAGACUCCUCUCGCUCAUUGGUGUGGCAGUGGUUACAACAUCCGGGCUCAGACAUCUGGUGGGCUGAGGGAACUGUCCGUGUGGCCCGAAGCGGGGACGCCCUCGGGAAGAUGA